AUGUCUGAUGCAGAACAAUUUGCCUUCCAAGCUGAAAUUUCUCAGCUUAUGUCCAUUAUUAUCAACACCUUCUACUCAAAUAAAGAAAUUUUUCUUCGUGAGUUAAUUUCCAACGCCUCCGAUGCCUUGGACAAAAUCCGAUAUGAAUCACUCACAGAUCCAUCAAAGCUCGAUACUUGUAAAGAACUCUACAUCAAAAUUACACCAGAUAGAGAAAAUAAAGUGUUAUCCAUCCGAGAUACGGGUAUUGGAAUGACCAAGGCCGAUCUCGUCAAUAAUCUUGGUACUAUUGCUCGAUCGGGUACAAAAUCCUUUAUGGAAGCACUCCAAUCCGGCGCUGAUAUUUCCAUGAUUGGUCAAUUCGGUGUUGGUUUCUAUUCAGCCUACCUGGUCGCCGAUCGUGUACAAGUCAUUACCAAGCAUAACGACGACGAGCAAUAUAUCUGGGAAUCAGCAGCUGGUGGAUCAUUUACGAUCGCUCGCGACACGAUCAAUGAACCACUUGGACGAGGCUCAGAAGUGAGGCUCUACUUGAAAGAAGAUCAACUUGAAUAUCUUGAAGAAAAGCGAAUUAAAGAAGUUGUCAAAAAGCAUUCCGAAUUCAUUGAAUUGAACAAAUCCAAACCUUUAUGGACGCGAAAUCCAGAUGAUAUCAAGAAUGAUGAGUAUGCUGCUUUCUAUAAAUCAUUAACCAACGAUUGGGAAGAUCACUUGGCGUGUAAGCAUUUCUCAGUCGAAGGACAACUAGAGUUCCGUGCCAUUCUUUUUGUUCCUCGUCGUGCACCAUUUGAUCUCUUCGAGACUAAAAAGAAGCGAAAUAAUAUCAAAUUAUAUGUACGCCGGGUCUUCAUUAUGGAUGAUUGUGAAGAUUUGAUUCCCGAAUAUCUCAACUUUGUUAAGGGAAUUGUCGAUUCGGAAGAUCUUCCACUCAACAUUUCCCGUGAAAUGCUUCAACAAAACAAGAUUUUGAAGGUUAUCCGCAAGAAUCUUGUAAAGAAAUGUAUGGAAUUGUUCACUGAAAUUGCAGAAGACAAGGAAAACUUCAACAAAUUUUAUGAAGCAUUCGCCAAGAAUAUCAAAUUGGGUAUACACGAAGAUUCGCAGAAUCGCGCAAAAUUAUCCGAAUUCCUUCGCUACUAUUCGACCAAAUCCGGAGACGAAGUGACUUCUCUUAAAGAUUAUGUCACUCGUAUGCCAGAAAAACAAAAGUCUAUCUAUUAUAUUACCGGCGAAAAUCGUCAAGCAGUCGAGGCUUCACCUUUCAUCGAAGUAUUGAAAAAGAAAGGUUAUGAAGUCUUGCUCAUGAUUGAUCCAAUUGAUGAAUACGCUGUUUCUCAGCUCAAAGAAUACGAUGGAAAGAAACUCGUCAACAUCACCAAAGAAGAAAUUCUCGGUGAUAAAAUUGAAAAGGUCACUGUUUCUAAUCGUAUCUCCGAAUCACCUUGUGUACUUGUAACUGGUCAAUAUGGAUGGUCAGCCAACUUUGAACGUAUCAUGAAAGCUCAAGCUCUUCGUGACUCAAGUAUGGCAUCCUAUAUGGCCUCGAAAAAGAUUAUGGAAAUUAAUCCUCAUCAUGCAAUCGUCAAAAACCUUAAAGCAAAAGUUGAAGUUGACAAGAAUGACAAAACUGUAAAAGAUUUGACUUGGUUAUUGUUUGAAACUUCUCUUUUACAAUCCGGUUUCACUCUUGAUGAACCUUCUUCCUUCGCCGAGAGAAUCUUCAAAAUGAUUAAACUCGGCCUUGAUAUCGGUGAUGAGGGUGAUACUGCGGAGCCGAUCGAAGAAGACGUUCCUCCACUUGCCGAAACUACUGAAUCUUCUCAAAUGGAAGAAGUAGAUUAA